AUGUCGCCGGCGGAGCAGACGCGAGACGAGAGCGUCUACAUGGCCAAGCUUGCGGAGCAGGCCGAGCGCUACGAGGAGAUGGUGGAGUUCAUGGAGCGCGUCGCGAAGGCCACCGGCGGGGCAGGGCCCGGGGAGGAGCUAUCCGUCGAGGAGCGCAACCUGCUCUCUGUGGCUUACAAGAAUGUCAUCGGGGCCCGGCGCGCGUCCUGGAGGAUCAUCUCCUCCAUCGAGCAGAAGGAGGAAGGUCGGGGCAACGACGCGCACGCCGCUACCAUCCGCUCCUACCGCAGCAAGAUCGAGGCCGAGCUCGCAAAGAUCUGUGACGGCAUCCUCGCCCUGCUUGAUUCCCACCUCGUGCCAUCCGCCGGAGCUGCCGAGUCCAAAGUCUUCUAUCUCAAGAUGAAGGGCGACUACCACAGGUACCUUGCAGAGUUUAAGUCUGGUGGGGAGAGGAAGGAAGCCGCCGAGAGCACCAUGAACGCGUACAAAGCUGCUCAGGUUACUGAUAAGGAUAUCGCCCUAGUAGAUUUGGCUCCAACACACCCCAUCAGGCUUGGGCUUGCACUCAACUUUUCUGUGUUCUACUAUGAGAUCUUGAACUCCCCUGACCGUGCCUGCAACCUUGCAAAACAAGCCUUUGACGAGGCUAUAUCAGAGCUGGACAGUUUAGGCGAGGAAUCCUACAAGGACAGCACUUUAAUCAUGCAGCUCCUGCGUGACAAUUUGACUCUAUGGACAUCCGACACCAAUGAGGAUGACGUUGAUGAGAUUAAGGAAGCCCCAGCUCCAAAAGAAUCUGGAGACGGACAGUGA